AUGUUGUUAUUCCUGUCGUUCUUCAUCCUAAGCGUUGUCGGGUAUCCGGAGUUGCAGUCUAAUGAUACUGCAGCUGUGCGGGCAAUUGCUAUGAGAACACAGAGAGAUGUGAUGAGAAAUAACAGUAUUAUAGACACGGCUGUUUAUGGCAUCGAUCUUAAUAGAGUUGUCUUUGAUCAAUUUGGAUACAACUCUUCAUCGCUCUCUGUUUUUCAAGAUAUAUUAUGCACUGGAGUGCAAGCUCUGGUCUUGAACCUUUAUUACAACGAAGCCCUCAAGGAUUGGGGGUUGUGCGAUCUGAGCUCCAAUACUACAAGCUUGGGUUGUCAAGACCCAGGCAAUUUCAAUAUUUCAGCUGUGGUGACAUCAAUAAAUACUGUCUUGGCGAAGACAGAUACCGGAGUCAACAAAAACAUAUUCUUCUUACUAUUGAACCUCUUUUCCACUUUCAAUAAGGACUCUAAGUUUCGCACAGGGAUUGGCGUACUGUCGUCCUCGAUAGCAGAACUCUCAUAUGCCAGCAGUCCAGCUCUCCUGGGAGAGUUAGACACCGUUAACCUCAAUAGCUUUCUUUUUGGGGACAAAAACAGAGCCAUACCAGUGAUAUUGUCCAACAAUCUCUAUACCAACACGUCUUACAAUCUAAGCCCUGAUCUGAAUACCCUUUAUCAAGCAAACACGACUAUUCCCAUCAUGUAUAGUCCGAAUGACAAUUUGACAUGUUCAGCACCAAAGUCGUUCCAAUUUGCUUACGACACCCCUGCAAAUCCUUAUGAUAAUAACUCAUUCCACAAUGCGCUUGUCUGUGGUUAUUCUCCGAUUAUCAGUCAGAGAAGCCAAGAUUUAUUUCAGAUUUCAAAAUUGCUACCAUACAGUAUGUGGUCUUGGGAUGCAUUUCAACCAAAUCUCACAAUAUCAAGGUCGCUGAAAAGAAAGAACGAUUCCUCGGAAGCUAAGAAAGAUGAUUAUCUGAACAGAUGUGGCAUAGUAACUCCCACAGGAUGGAAGGCCACGUCCUGUCACUUAGAUUUUCAGGUGGCGUGCGCAGACAGGUUGAACUCUACGAGAAUAAAGCUGACUUCCGACAAGUUCACGUAUUUUGAAGCUGGGGCGGCAUGCUCUCAACUUGAUGGAGACUAUGUUUUUACUGUGCCUUCUUCACCGUUAGAACAGCGCACCCUUAUCAAUCUAUUGGGGGGCGAGAAAUCAGCUUGGAUCGACAUGAACUCGCUCUCGAGCUCAAACUGCUGGGUCAAUGGAGGACCUAAUGCUGUCUGCCCAUACCAGCCCCUCGUUUCCAAGACCAUUUUCAAGGAGAUGAUAAGUCUUGCAUCUGCCAUUGCGCUUGUUCUUCUAUUGCUUCUUCUCAUUGUUCAAAUGGAUAGACUACCAGUUCAUCGCAAUAGAAGCCAUUGGCGUCGACUGCUCAAACAUAAACUACAAAACGAGUUUGAAGGGAUUCCUUCAUGAGUUCUCAAUGUUAAUAAUGUUUGGCUACCUAAUUAUACAAUUAAAGUGUUGCAGCAGCUAAUUAUGAUCAGCCGUCUUCAUCUUAUAAUCUCAAAACUGCUAUCAACUCCUUCUUCCAACUCGAUGAGCUCGCUGCCAAAAAGUCCGCUAUCGUAUUCACCAUUGGUGAGAUCAUAUUUUGAGUUCCAGAUGGAAUAUAUCCGGACAGACUGGUCGCUAAUUGCGGUGCAAAUUGACUUCGAGUCAUGAGAAGAGACCGCACUCAAUACCCUAAUGUUUGAUGUCGAUGCCAGUUUAACCUGCAACUUCAUUGAUGGAUACGAAUAAACAGAUAUUAAAACCGGUUUUUCUGUGUUAUCACCAAAUCCGAAGGUUGCAAGUAUCUCCUUCCUCGAUUUCGACCAAAUCAAAGACGUAACUUGUCCCUUUGUCUGGAUUUUGUCGAGUAAAGUGCCUGUGUUUGUGUGCCAGAAUCUGAUGUUUCGAUCUUUGGAUCCUCCCCCAGUUGCUAGUAAAUGUGGCAUCCAUGGACAGUAUGCGAUAGCCUUGACAGCAGCUUGAUGAGGAAGACAGGAUUUCAAGAUUGGUUUGUGCAAAUCAGUGAUGUCCCAGAUGGUACAGCAAUUGUCAUUUCCUCCAACCGUCACUUGGCGCUUGUCUGGACUUACGUCGAUACCACAGAUUUGCUGUUCAUUGCAUUUGAAAGAGCACCCGAUAGAGAGUCGAUAUUGAGGUGAAUUCUGCCCAUUUUCUACCUCGGUCAACUCAUACAGUGUGACUUCUCCUAGAUCAUCCCCUGCAAAAAAUGAGUUUGUGUCCUUGAUCCAACAAAUACAGCAAAUCCCUGUGCUGGGCCUAAGAAUCGAAGUUGUAUUGAUCGUUCUUGAGUUUUCAGAAUAUAUGAUAAUUCUGCCCGUUUUGGUACCAAC